CAAGAUAUCAUGACGCUCUCGUUGUGAAGAUACUUUCACAUUCUCCUCAAGAUACCUUCACAUUCUCAUUAUACGGGACCGAAUUUUCAGAUGGCUGCUCAUGACAACAUCAGGCGGAAUAAGACAGCUCUGCAGGAUAUUCUGUCUGCAGACUACAAACGCAUACUUGACAAGGUUUUUGAGAAUAAACUUGUAACUACACGUGAGUAUAACAACCUCAAAGACAUCAGUAGAGAAGAUGUGGAGGGGCACGUCACUCGUCUUGUGGAUAAGAUCAUGAAUAAGGGAGAUGACAUCUGCCGGGCCUUCUUGCACAUAAUAAAAACUGAUGAGGACAUCAAAAAUACUUUUCCAAAACUGGGGCACAUAGAAUGGGAUGGCACUCCUUCAUCUAACCCCUUCCAAAGUUAUCCUGUUGCAGCCUCUGGUGAUCCUCCUAAACUGCAAGUUAGUCCAGUCUCAAGCAAAGAUGCCAUGUCCCCAGCGUCAAAGAGAAAAAAGGAUGACCAGUAUCAGCUAGCCACCAAGCCAACUGGUCUCUGUGUGAUCAUCAACAACGAGAACUUUGAGAGUUUAAAAAGGAGAAAUGGAACAGACAAGGAUGCCUAUAGUUUCGCAGAGGUCUUGAGCGGACUGGGGUUCAGAGUGGUAAUGUGUAAAGACCAAACCAAAGACCAGAUGGAUCAGGCAUUACAACUCUUCGCCUCUUCGAAAGACUUUUCCCAACUGCAGAAGUUUGGUGUCAAGGAGUGGGCGAACAGUGAAUUCACUGAUAUAAAAGAGAUUCCUCACCAUGGUGAUGCUUUUGUCUGCUGCAUUCUGAGUCAUGGGGAUAAGGAUGGUAUCAAAGGAGUUGAUGGAAAGACCAUCCCCCUUAAUAAAAUAACUUCCACCUUUAAUGGAUUAAACUGCUCUGCCCUUAACAACAAACCCAAAGUGUUCUUCAUCCAGGCCUGCCAAGGGAGGGAUAAGCACCGAGGAAUUGCGGUAGAUUCUUCAGAGCCGCAAAUGGAAGAUGAUGCUUUCCCUACUCUGGUGGAGUUCAUCCCCGUUGAAGCAGAUUUUCUGGUAGCAAUUGCCACCGUAGAGAAUUGCGUUGCGUACAGACACAAUGAACACGGGAGCUGGUUCAUCCAGUCUGUGUGUCACCAAAUGAAAGAAUACUGUCCCAGGGGCGAUGACCUCAUGGAAAUUCUCUAUCGGGUAAAUGAUGAAGUAAGCCAAAAAGAGAUUCCCAAUGCCUGUCCUGGUAUAGCCAAGCAGAUCCCUGAAAUUAGAAGAGUCACGCUGAGGAAGAGGCUUGUCUUCUCACCACACUCCAGCGAAGGCUGAAUUACCAGGAAAUGUUUGCAUAUAAACACUGUAUGCUUCAUAUCUUGACUAAUGUUUUAUUCAGAAACUAUCGACAUGCCUCUCUCUCUGUCCAAGAAUUAGUUAGAAUUGUUUCUGUGUAUAAGAAAACAUUUGAAACAGUUUACAGAGAUUUAAGAGGAAUAACGGUGCUUCAAUAACAAGUCAUUUUAGUGCUAUUCAGCCAUCAAAUAUACAGCUCUCAUGAUCUUGUGAGCUCAUCUAGGUUAUUGAGGACCACAUAUAGCAUUUACAUGCAACAUUUUCCACAAAGAUCCAUAACUUUUUUGUAAUUUAGAAGCUAGUUUUAGU